CUGCCAACAACUCACAACCCACUCCCUCCCCUUCUUCUUCUCCACACCCCCCCGCGCCACUCUCGGCCACCUCAAAACACUGCGAGGGCGUCCAGCUCAACACGGCAUUCCUCGCUCCUCUGACCGCCGUCGAGAAAUAUCCCAAAGAUGCCGAUGCUACUCGACAUCCAGCGCAAGCUGCUCGCUAGGUCUGACAGGGUAAAGUCGGUCGACUUCCACCCGACAGAACCCCACGUCAUCUGCGGUCUCUACAAUGGUCAGGUCAAGAUCUGGAACUAUGAGACGCAGACCGACAUCAAGACGUUCGAAGUCACCGACGUGCCAGUCCGUUGCGUCAAGUACAUUGCCCGCAAGAACUGGUUCGUCUCGGGCUCGGAUGACUUCCAGCUCCGCGUCUACAACAUCUCGACCGGCGAGAAGGUCACGUCGUUCGAGGCGCACCCCGACUACAUCCGCUGUCUCACUGUCCACCCCACGCUCUCGCUCGUGCUCACCGGCUCGGAUGACAUGACUAUCAAGUGCUGGGACUGGGACAAGGGAUGGCGCUGCGUCCAGAUCUUCGAGGGCCACACUCACUACAUCAUGGCGCUGGCUAUCAACCCCAAGGACCCGCAGACGUUCGCCUCGGCCUGUCUCGACCACACGGUCAAGGUCUGGUCGCUCGGCAGCCCCGUCCCCAACUUCAGCCUCGAGGCCCACGAGAAGGGCGUCAACUACGUCGACUACUACCAUGGCAGCGACAAGCCCUACAUUGUCACGACUGGUGACGACCGCCUCGUCAAGAUCUGGGACUACCACGCCAAGUCCUGUGUCCAGACCCUCGAGUCGCACACUGCCAACGUCUCGUUUGCCAUUUUCCACCCCUCGCUUCCCGUUAUCCUGUCCGGCUCCGAGGACGGCACCGUCAAGAUCUGGCACUCGUCGACCUACCGCCUUGAGAACACGCUCAACUAUGGCCUUGAGCGCGCGUGGUGUGUCGCCUACCGCAAGACCGGCAACGAGGUCGCUGUUGGUUUCGACGAGGGCGCGGUUGUCAUCAAGCUCGGCCGCGACGAGCCUUCCGUGUCGAUGGACUCGUCGGGCAAGAUUGUCUACGCCCGCAACACUGAGAUCCUGAGCGCCAACGUGUCCAACCUCGCCUCGGACGGAGAGGUCGUCGAGGAUGGCGCGCGCGUCCACGUCCCGCUUCGCGAGCUCGGCACCACCGAGGUCUACCCCCAGAGCCUGCAGCACAGCCCCAACGGCCGUUUCGUGACCGUCUGCGGUGACGGCGAGUACAUCAUCUACACCGCCCUUGCCUGGCGCAACAAGGCCUUCGGCAGUGGUACCUCGUUUGCCUGGGCCGCCGACUCGAACACUUACGCCGUUCUCGAGGGCAAGUCCAAGCUCCGCGUCUACCGCAACUUCAAGGAGAGGCCUGGUCUCAUCAAGUCUGUCGGCUCGUGGGCCAUCGAGGGCAUCCACGGUGGUCCCCUCCUCGCUGCCCGCGGCUCGGGCUUCGUCAUGUUCUGGGACUGGGAGACCGGAGCUGUUGUUCGUCGUAUCGAGGUCGACGCUACCAACGUUUCGUGGUCUGGCAGCGGCGACCUCGUCGCCAUCACCGCCGAGGACUCGUUCUACGUCCUCCGCUUUGACCGUGACGCUUACGCGGCGCGUCUCGACUCGGGCGAGAUCAUUGGCGACGAGGGCGUCGAGGAGGCCUUUGACAUUGUUGCCGAGGUCUCGGAGCAGGUCAAGACCAGCCGCUGGGUUGGUGACUGCUUCAUCUACACCAACUCGACCAACCGUCUCAACUACCUCAUCGGCGACCAGACCAGCGUCAUCAACCACUUUGACCAGAACAUCUACCUCCUCGGCUACAUCCCCAGCCAUAACCGCGUCUACGUUGUCGACAAGGAGCUCAACAUUUACAGCUACGCCCUGUCGCUUACCGUUGUCGAGUACCAGACUGCUAUCCUCCGCGGUGACCUUGCCGAGGCCGAGCGCAUCCUCCCCAGCAUCCCCAACGACCAGCGCAACCGUAUUGCCCGCUUCCUCGAGGCCCAGGACCUCAAGGAGCUCGCGCUCAACAUCUCGACCGACGCCGACCACAAGUUUGACUUGGCGAUCGGACUCAACGACCUCGAGGCCGCUCUUGAGCUCGUUCGCGCCACGCCCGAGGCUGGCUCCGAGCCCAAGUGGAAGAUCAUCGGCGACAAGGCCCUCGCCGCGUGGCAGCUCGACCUCGCCCAGGAGGCGUUCGAGAGGUCAAAGGACCUCCCUGCACUGCUUCUCCUCUUCACCUCGCUCUCUGAUCGUGCUGGCCUCGAGCGCCUGGCCAAGCUGGCCGAGGAGAAGGGCGCCAACAACAUUGCGUUUGCCGCCUACCUCCAGCUCGGCGACAGCGCGUCAUGUGUCGACCUCCUCGCCAAGACCGACCGCCUCCCCGAGGCUGCAUUGAUGGCCCGCUCAUACAAGCCUUCGGCUGCCGGCCCCGUCGUCAAGAAGUGGAAGGCCGAGCUCGAGAGUCAAGGACGGCCAAAGGUCGCGCAGACGAUUGCCGACCCCGAGGAGGACCGCGAGCUGUUCGACGAGGUCGCGGCCUCUGCUGGCAAGUUGGACUCUGAAGGCUCGGGCGUGAUUGUUGAGAAGGAGCGUGAGUCUGUUGACGGCCUGGUGGAGCAGGUCAAGAGUUUGGCUGUGGAGGAGGAGUCCAAGGAGGAGGCCGAGGCCGAGACCGAGGCCGCUGUCGUCGACGAGGAGAUUGCCGUGGACGAGGGAGCUGAGCAAGGGGGAGCAGAGACACCAGACGCGACGGCUGCGGCACCAACACCUGCGCCUGGCAAGAAGAAGGGCAAGAAGAAGUAGACGCUUUGUAGGCGGUCCUCAUACGGCAUGGAUUCUUUGACGAAUAGCA